UUCAGCCUUCUGCCCGGCGGGGCUUUCUGCUGUUUGUGCGUCUCCUGGUGGCGUUUCCCUUCCCCGCACACCUCUGCCGACGAUGAGGAAAGGUCUGAGGGCGACAGCGGCCCGCUGCGGACUGGGACUAGGAUACGUGCUGCAGAUGCUCGUGUUACCUGCCCUGGCCCUGCUCAGCGCCAGCGGCACCGGCUCAGCCGCUCAAGAUGAUGACUUCUUUCAUGAACUCCCAGAAACCUUUCCAUCUGACCCACCCGAGCCAUUACCACACUUCCUCAUUGAGCCGGAGGAAGCAUACAUUGUGAAGAACAAGCCUGUGAACCUGUAUUGUAAAGCCAGCCCCGCCACCCAGAUCUACUUCAAGUGCAACAGCGAGUGGGUUCAUCAGAAGGACCACGUGGUAGAUGAGAGAGUUGAUGAAAACUCUGGUCUCAUUGUGAGGGAAGUGAGCAUUGAGAUUUCGCGGCAGCAGGUGGAGGAACUGUUUGGGCCUGAAGAUUACUGGUGCCAGUGUGUGGCCUGGAGUUCAGCAGGCACCACGAAGAGUCGGAAGGCAUACGUGCGCAUUGCCUAUCUACGGAAGACCUUUGAGCAGGAACCCUUGGGAAAGGAAGUGUCCCUGGAACAGGAAGUCUUACUCCAGUGUCGGCCACCUGAAGGGAUCCCAGUGGCUGAGGUGGAGUGGCUAAAGAAUGAGGACAUAAUUGAUCCUGUUGAAGAUCGGAAUUUUUAUAUUACUAUCGAUCACAACCUGAUCAUCAAGCAGGCCCGGCUCUCAGAUACGGCAAAUUAUACUUGUGUUGCCAAAAACAUUGUUGCCAAGAGGAAAAGCACCACAGCCACUGUCAUCGUGUAUGUUAAUGGUGGCUGGUCCACCUGGACAGAGUGGUCUGUGUGUAACAGCCGCUGUGGGCGAGGAUAUCAGAAACGCACUAGAACAUGCACCAACCCAGCCCCACUCAACGGCGGGGCCUUCUGUGAGGGCCAGAGUGUGCAGAAAAUUGCAUGUACCACAUUGUGCCCAGUGGAUGGCAGGUGGACCUCUUGGAGUAAAUGGUCGACCUGUGGAACUGAAUGCACCCAUUGGCGCAGGAGGGAGUGUACAGCACCAGCCCCCAAGAAUGGAGGCAAAGACUGUGAUGGCCUGGUCCUGCAAUCCAAGAACUGCACUGAUGGGCUAUGCAUGCAGGCUGCUCCUGACUCGGAUGAUGUUGCUCUGUAUGUAGGGAUUGUGAUAGCUGUGACUGUUUGUCUUGCAAUCACUGUUGUGGUGGCCCUGUUCGUGUAUCGGAAGAACCACCGUGACUUUGAGUCUGACAUCAUUGACUCCUCAGCACUCAAUGGAGGCUUUCAGCCUGUGAACAUCAAGAGUGCCAGACAAGAUCUCCUGGCAGUGCCCCCAGACCUCACCUCAGCUGCAGCCAUGUACAGAGGACCAGUGUAUGCUCUGCACGACGUCUCAGACAAAAUCCCAAUGACCAAUUCUCCAAUUCUGGACCCACUACCAAACUUGAAAAUCAAAGUGUAUAAUACCUCAGGUGCUGUCACUCCCCAGGAUGACCUCUCUGAGUUCACAUCCAAGCUGUCGCCACAGAUGACCCAAUCCUUACUAGAGAAUGAGGCCCUUAACCUGAAGAAUCAGAGUCUUGCAAGACAGACUGACCCAUCCUGCACAGCCUUUGGCACCUUCAACUCCCUUGGAGGUCACCUCAUCAUCCCUAACUCAGGAGUAAGCUUGCUGAUUCCCGCUGGGGCCAUUCCCCAAGGAAGAGUCUAUGAAAUGUAUGUGACCGUGCACAGGAAAGAAAAUAUGAGACCUCCCAUGGAAGACUCACAGACCCUCCUGACCCCUGUGGUGAGCUGUGGGCCUCCUGGAGCUCUCUUGACGCGCCCUGUCAUCCUCACUCUGCAUCACUGCGCAGACCCAAACACCGAGGACUGGAAGAUCCAGCUUAAAAACCAAGCAGUACAGGGACAAUGGGAGGAUGUGGUGGUGGUUGGAGAGGAAAACUUCACAACCCCCUGUUACAUUCAGCUGGAUGCAGAGGCUUGUCACAUCCUCACCGAGAACCUUAGCACCUAUGCCCUGGUGGGACAGUCCACCACCAAAGCAGCUGCCAAGCGCCUGAAACUGGCCAUCUUUGGGCCACUCUGCUGUUCUUCCCUGGAGUACAGCAUCAGAGUCUACUGCCUGGACGACACACAGGAUGCCCUGAAGGAAGUUCUGCAACUGGAGAGGCAGAUGGGAGGACAACUCCUGGAAGAACCCAAGGCUCUUCAUUUUAAAGGCAGCGUCCACAAUCUGCGCCUGUCGAUUCACGAUGUCGCCCACUCCCUCUGGAAGAGCAAAUUGCUGGCUAAGUAUCAGGAAAUUCCAUUUUACCAUAUCUGGAGUGGCUCUCAAAGAAACCUCCACUGCACCUUCACUCUGGAGAGACUCAGCCUGAACACAGUGGAGCUGGUUUGCAAACUCUGUGUGAGGCAGGUGGAAGGAGAAGGGCAGAUCUUCCAACUCAACUGUACUGUGUCAGAGGAACCUACUGGCAUCGAUUUGCCCCUGCUAGAUCCUGCGAGCACCAUCACCACUGUCACAGGACCAAGUGCGUUCAGCAUCCCUCUCCCUAUCCGGCAGAAGCUAUGCAGCAGCCUGGAUGCUCCCCAGACAAGAGGCCAUGACUGGAGGAUGCUGGCCCAUAAACUCAACCUGGAUAGGUACUUGAAUUACUUUGCCACCAAAUCGAGCCCAACUGGCGUAAUCCUGGAUCUUUGGGAAGCACAAAACUUCCCAGAUGGAAACCUGAGCAUGCUGGCAGCUGUCCUGGAAGAGAUGGGAAGACAUGAAACAGUAGUGUCCUUAGCGGCAGAAGGGCAGUAUUGACCACACUGGAACUGAAACUGAAGGACAAAAUUACACAGGGAGUCUGUGUCCAGGGGAAACGCAACUGAGGAGGAAAUCCAGAUGAGACCAAGGCGUUCUACAGGCAAGAUGGCUACAGGAAUGGCUGGGGACAGACACAACCACCGAGGUACACGCCCACUUCAUUCAGACAGCACCGCCACAGGAGUUGAGAAAAAUUGUGUAAAUUUGUACCUUGAAUUUAGAAAUCAAUCUAAUUUUCUCUUUGUUGGGCUGUAUGCUGUACGGUACAGGAUCUUACAGUUUCCUAGGAAACGCUUUUUAUUGCUAUCCAGAUGUAUGGAUAAACUUUCUUAACAAACCCAGUUUCUACAAACGUUGUUUACAUCAAAUUGGACAGGGAUGCAGAUGCUAUCCAUGGCUCGUUCUAUUUUUGUUCAGAUCAUUUGGAGUUGAAGCUGUGGACAGUUUAUUGUGUCUAUUCCAGAUUAGUAAUUUCCAGAGAAAUCACAGACUUUUGCUACAAACCAUGUACAUCCAGUGUCUCAGAUGAUCCUCCCAUCAGUGUUCUGUCUCUGAAACUUGUCAGACCAGUGUUGGCAUUUCUAUCAGGGAAGAGGAGAUUCUAUAUGUAAAGGAGAAAUGACUUAGGUUGCCAUGGGGGAACCCUGUUGGGAUCCUUUGGGAACAGGGCUGUAGCAUUACAGGGAAGAUAGUGACUCAUGUUCCUCCCACAAACAUUUCUGUAUCACAUGUGUGUUUGUAAUAUGCAAUUUCAAGUGUUUUUUAAGCAUAUUAUCGUUAUUAUUGAUGAUUAUUACGAAGACUCUAGUAAAA